AUGAAAUUCGGCUUGUAUCUCUAUCAACACCAAUUUCCGCCUUGGAAAAAUGAAUAUCUUCAAUACGAUCAGAUGAAGGUGUUUUUGAAAGACACCCAAAUAUGUAAAGGCAACUGGACACAGAUGGAUGAAGUGUACUUUCUCGAGAAUUUUCUAAAACCAGAGCUAGACAGAGUGAAAAAGUUUAUUCAAUGGAAAAUCAACCAAAUACAAUCACUAUUAGACCAAGAAUCUCCGGAAGACAUAUCAAUGAAGGUCACUGACCUCACGAACUUUAUCAAAUUGAAUGCAACUGGAUUUAGCAAGAUUAUUAAAAAGCAUGAUAAAUGGACCAAGAUACACUUGCAAGAAUCUUUGCAAUUCCAUCGUAUUCAACAGCAAUUUGAGGACACUUUUAUUUCUCAGUUAAACGAUUUGCUGCUGCAAAAAUCACCACCAUUAGCAGAAAUAAUAGGAAAGGCAAUAACAGAUUACCAUAGUAGACAAAAUAGUGCCAAUAGUGGCACUUCGUCAGGAAGCACCAGUAGCAUCGGCAAAAAAGUAACAACAUCCAAAUAUUGGAUCCAUCCUGACAACUUGAAUGAAGUACAGGCAAUACUUCAUUUUCAUCUCCCCGUUGUGAACAACAAUGCCAAUAGCCCAGGAAGCAAUAUAAUGAAUACCAUCUAUUUUGAAGACUUGAAUAGGUUCCAGUUGUAUUCAGAAUUAUUACAAAGAAAAGAAGCAGCACGGCUUGUACGUGCCAGAUGGCAUGGCUUCAUUUCGGACGUCUAUAUCGAGCGAAUGAUAUACUCAGAUUCUUGGGUAAAUAACAAGGAUAUGUACCAAAGGGAAAGGAUCGACAUGAAGCAUCCUCUAGUUCGUAACUACUUAUCCGAUGGUGAAUAUCUCGGUCCACAAAAGGAAAUCGCCAAUUCUAUUUUCAAAGACGAUAUACAAAAUCUCGAACUGAAAUCAGUUUUGCGGUGCUAUCAGCACCGUACUACUUAUCAAAAAGAUCACAACUUCUGCGUUUCUCUUGAUACAAAAAUAGCCUUCGUAAAGGAAAUAGGUCCUGAUUGGAGACGAAGCGAUAUCGGUGAUGAUACUUAUCCAUUCGACCAUCUCAAUUCAAAUGAUGUUUAUAUCUUCCCUUAUGCUGUACUUGAGACCAAAACUCUCUCAAAUGGUCCAUUACCCACCUGGCUUGAAAAGCUAUUAGCAAGUUCACUCGUCUAUGAGAUUCCUUACUUCUCAAAAUACCUUCAUGGGGCAUCCCACUUUUAUCGCAACCGCUUGGCUAUGCUUCCUUGGUGGCUACACGAGCUGGAUAAAGAUAUAAGACGCAAAGUGCCAAACACACCUAUAAUCACUAUUCAACCAUCGCAAAAUUUUCAAAGGCAAAUCCUUCCACUACAGCAGCAACAGCAACAAAACAUAAACGUGGGAUCAUUUCUUCCUUCCAAUAAUGGGUAUUUCAACAAUGACAAUCACCAAUUCUCAAGAGCGCCCAUAGAUGAUGAGGAAAAAAUGCUUAUGCAUCAUCAAACAUCCUGUACAGCGACAGAAAACAGUCAGGUUGAUUUAUUAGGUCAUAGUAGCAAUGCAUUCAUUGAAGGAGGCAUUAGAUAUAACAAAAAUAGCCAAAAUGGCUAUAAUAACAAAGCAGUCGGUUCAUUGUUAGCAAAUCCCAUUGUAAGCAAAAUAAAACUGCUAAGGGAAAUAUAUCACGGAAAUCACCAUUCAAAAAACAAUGAUGCCAAUAAUAUAAGUAUGAUGACUUGGCUUUAUGCAAAAUUCACAAACAAUGAAUCUAUCUUACUGAGCCAAGCGUCUUCUGCUACCAACUUGAACAGUAUGGAAAAUCCAUCUCAGACAACCAUGUCAAAAAAUACAAUCACUGGUAGAGGUGAAAAAUCCAAUGGUAACAAAAAGAGCAAGAUAGAACCGAAGAUACAUUUCGCCAAUGAGCGCACGUUCAUCAAUUGGCUUCAAUUCUGUGCCCUUCUGCUUGCUGUAUCCCUUGGCCUUAUGAAUUUCGGUGAUAAUGUUUCGAAGGGCAGCGGAGCCUUUUUCAUCAUUGUGUCUAUCAUCAUGGCAGGUUAUGCUCAACUGAGGUAUCAAUAUAGAGCAUGGCAGAUUAAAUUCCGGAGUAAUGCACGAUUUGAUGAUAUGCUCGGACCAGCUGUUUUAUGUUUGGUGAUUGUGCUGGCUUUAUUUAUUAAUCUUGGCUUACGUGUAAGUCAACCACUGCCAACCAGUCCUAGUCUAUUUUCUUACAAUACAACAACAGACAACACUGCAGAUAGCCUGGGUAUUAUCCAAGAUAAUAAGCCGUUGGUACCUUCCAGAACAGAGGACAUUACAGAUAGCAAUAACAGGAAAUUGGCAGCGACGCCAACACCGACCACGACCGCUGCUGCUACUUAUAGUAAUGGUAAUAAUGGUCAACAAGCUAUAGCGACAUUAACAAAGUUAGAUAAACAUGGACAUGUAGUUCCAUUGGAAGAGGAAGACGAUCCAAAUAGUCCUUGA